UUUUGUCUCACAAUCAUUGUUCAUCUUUGUUGUGUUUUCUGUUACACCUGUCAGGUGGCAGCUGACCCUGCGUGUGGCCGCUGGCUGCGUCUGCCGGAUGAGGUGUGGCUGUCCGUCCUGUCUCUGCUGCCUCACACUGAUCUGUGCAGAGUGACGCAGGUCUGCAGCCGCCUGCUCACAGUGGCUACUGAUCACACACUCUGGAAACAUCUGAGGAUUGAAAACUCAACGCUGACCGAGCAGUGGUUGCUGUUUUGGGGCAAACGUCGUCCUCACAGCCUGUGUCUGUCCAGCUGCAGCGGCCCGUCUGUGACCUCCCACGGGCUCCAGGUGUUCUUCACUCUGUGUAAGAAUCAUCUGGAGGAUGUCAAGGUCACAGGUUGCACUGGUCCUGGCCUCCAUGGGGACCAGAUACUGCCCCAGAUUGGUCAGCUGUGUGACCAUGUGACUAGUGUGGACAUGAGCUGGAGUGGAGCAACAGAUAUGGGAGUCAAAGCUCUGAGUGACGGCCGGGCAGGGUUGAGACUAAAAUCAGUUGUCCUGAACGGCUGCCAUGUCACUGAUGACCCACUCAAGAAACUUGUCAUGAGACACAGAGAGAGUCUGUGCAGGCUGGAGGUGUUUGGCUGUCAGUUCCUCACUGCGUCCUGUCUACAGACAAUAUAUGAGAUGUGUCCGGGUCUAAAGCAUCUUAACAUCGGACGGGUGCCCAAAGUCAACGCACACAGUCUCACAGUGAUGGCAUCACAGCUCAAAUGUCUCAUUUCCCUUAAUGUCACUGGUCUACAGGCAGUCACUGAUGUCACAGUGGCCACUUUACUUCAAAACUAUGCAGAACUUGAGAGUUUGACCCUCAGUUCUUGUCCUGGAGUCACGGACCUGACACUGCACAACAUCAGCAAAUAUACACCAUGCAUUAGAUACCUGGAUGUGAGUGGCUGUGGGGCAGUGACCGAUGCAGGUGUUCAGUCUCUGACUCUGGGAUGUCGACGGCUUCAGCAGCUAGACCUCAGUUCCACUGAUGCAGGAAACAGAGGGGUUUCUCUGUUGGCAAAUUACUGCAGUAAACACCUUCAAACUGUCAAACUCAGCUUCUGCCACAUCACCUCAGAGAACAUCCUGAAGCUCUGCAGACGCAGCAAGAGGCUGAAGCUGCUACAUCUCUACGGCUGUGCACAUCUCCCCAGUGAGAGAGAGAUCAGAGAAGUCAACGCCAUAGUUAAAGUUUACCCUCUGUCGUGACUCACACACAAACAUUUGCACACAACGGGACGGACCCACACAUAACUGAGUAAUAAUAUAAAAACAAAGGUGCAACAUCAUAUCAGUUUAACAUAUUUUGCAUUUAUUCUUGAGGUAUCAGGGGAUACAAGAUCUGCUGAGUCUCAACGAGUAAUCAAAUAAUUUUCAGAUAUUAAUAAAACUUAAUGUGAAUAAUUUUGUGUGUCAGAUGUUAGAUGUGUUGACUCUUUCAAAGGGUUUCUACUACUUUACUUUUUCUAGUUUUGAUCAGGCUCAAUAACUUUUUAUAUCUGCCUCGACUCAAAUUCCAGAAUCCUCAUACAGAGAAUUGCAAAUUGCUCGAAAA